AAAAAAAUGGCUAAAUAAGGCGGAAUCGCGUCAUCACAGUCUCUGAAAAAGGUUCAACCACGGAGCUUCCGGUGUAAACACAUCACUGUUUCCGCUAUCAUGGAGGCUGUUGUUGGUGAGGUUGUCGCUCCAGAGGACUUGGAGAAAUUCGGGGAGAAAUACAAGGCAGAGUUGGCGAAGGGGUGUGUUUCUAAAGACACUCAGUUCGAGUAUGCGUGGUGUCUGAUUAGGAGCAAACACUCGGAGGACAUCAAGAAAGGAAUCGUGAUGCUCGAUGAGCUUAUUCAUAAGGGCACCAAGGAUGGCCAGCGGGAUUACCUGUUUUACCUUGCUGUUGCAAACUACAAACUCAAGGAGUAUGAGAGAGGUCUGAAAUAUAUCAGGAUUUUAUUGAAGAACGAACCUGGAAACUCUCAAGCUUUAGAUCUGGAAAAGCUCAUUGACAAAGCCAUGAAAAAAGAUGGUAGUGUCAUCACUACCUCCAACAUCUUUGAAAACCUCUGGAUGUCCUGUGCAGAUGAUUCCUCUGGUGUUUACAAUUGUUGGGAUUUUCAGUCCAUGUUCGCUCUACCAGGUUAUAUCCAAGCAUGCCGUGCGCUAAUGAUCACAUCUGUUGUGAUGGGCACUUUCGGACUGGUGGCGACUCUUGUGGGUAUGCAGUGUUCCAAAAUAGGAGGGGAGAAUUACGUCAUGAAGGAUCGGGUCACAGGAAUCGGAGGGGUCUUCUUCAUACUGCAAGGUCUGUGCACAAUGAUUGCAGUGUCUUGGUAUGCUUUCAGAAUCACUCAGGAAUUCUUUGACCCACUUUAUCUUGGAAUAAAGUAUGAAAUCGGAGAAGGCCUAUAUAUUGGUUGGAGUUCAGCCACACUGGCUUUAUGUGGCGGCAGCUGCCUACUGUGUUCCUGUAGACUGCAUGGCCCAGAAGAAAAAAAAUCAGAUCUUCAGAACUUCAGGACGUACUCCUACCAGCCUCAAUCCAAGAGUGCAGUUCAGACUGCCUCUGCAACAUCCCACGCCACUUCUAGCCAAUAUGGACGCAACGCAUAUGUGUAAGGAACAGACUGUUUACUGCAUAUGUGGGAUCAACCAAGUCAAGAUAUUACAGACUGUAACAAAACACAGAGACCACACAAUGCAAUGACUGUGUCAAAUGCAGUGAUUAAUAAUAUUAUAAUUAUAAUAAAGCCUGCUCUCUAGAAACUCCUUGUUACUAUUGUAAAUAGUCUAUAUGCUCUAAUGUAAUGUAAACACAGGCUGUAAUUGUAGUGUUCAUUUUGCAAAGCAUAUUUAAUUUUCUUCUGUGGUAAAAGUAUAUGCAGUAAACAGCUGUUAUUAUAAGAAUUAGCAAGAAAAUGGCAACGAUACUUGAAAAUACUGAAAUGUACAGAUUAUCCUUUCAUUUUAUAUUAAUUUUAGCAUUAUGUUGGACCAGGAUGUUUUUCCAUAUUCAGAGAUUGGUCAGUCUACCUUAUGGCAUGGUGGGAUGCUUAGAGUUAAAUUCUAUAUAAUCAACAUUGACUUUGAACUGAACUACUGUGUAAUCAAACAAGAUUUUUAAAUAAUUUCUUGCAAUGUGUAUUUGCCCAACUAAGCAUAUGUGAUAUGUUAGCAUUGUAAGUCACUCCCAUAAUUUAUGUUUAUUGCUGUAACUUACAUGAUAAAACUACCCUUUGAGAUGUUGUUUUUGUUUAUAUACUGUUGAGGUCAUAAGUCUGAUUACCCCCUUGUCUUAUAAGUUCACACAGCCCUUGCAGAAUUUCUCUCUCUCUCUCUCUCUCUAUAAGUUUACAUUGGCUUAUUAUAUAUUGUGUUGCCCUCUUUAGCAUCAAUGAAUGUUUGCACCUUUUGUAAUAGUGUAUGAGUCUGUCAGUUGUCCUAAAAGCUGCAUGUCAACAUCAUCUAGCCACUGUUGGGAAGGACUCAAAUGUGCAGAAGGAGUAAGGAAUCCAAAAAAACAUGAAGUAGCUGGAGGAUUUUUAUUAAAAAAAAUUUUUUAAGAACAGUUUAUCACUGAUAAUCAUGGAAGCAACACACCAUAUUAAGUAUCAAGGGGGAUAAUUUGUGCAAGUUUAUUAUGUUGUCUUGUGGAAUAUAUGUAAAUAUCUGUUAUGUCAAAUAGCUUCUUUGGGGCAGUACUAAAUAAAAACAAAAUGUACUU